AUGAAGUUGGGAAAUGAGACAUGGAUAGUGAAGGAAUUUGUGCUUGUGGGGUUCUCCAACUUUCCAGACCUGAAGCCCACUCUUUUCUCUCUCUUUCUGCUCAUGUAUCUGAUCACUCUCAGUGGAAACAUCACCAUUAUUACCAUCAUCUACCUGGAUCACACCCUCCACACUCCCAUGUAUUGCUUCUUAGGGGUUCUGUCCCUCUCAGAAACUUGCUACACAUUAGUCACCAUCCCCAACAUGUUGGUGCAUCUGCUGAUGGAGAAUCAGAUCAUUUCUAUUCCUAGUUGCCGGGCCCAGAUGUUCUUUUUUCUGGGUCUAGGCUGUAGUCAUUGUUUCCUCCUUACCCUAAUGGGCUAUGACCGGUAUGUGGCCAUCUGCCAUCCUCUCCGUUACCCAAUGAUCAUGAGCCCUCCAGUUUGCAUCCGUCUGGGAGCCCUGGUUUUCUGCUCAGGGUUUCUGGUGGCCAUCAUUGAGACGUGUCUCAUAUUCUCCUCCUCCUUUUGUAACAACAACCGAGUGGAACACUUCUUCUGUGACAUUGCACCUGUUCUCAAGCUUAGUUGUACUCAGAGCAUAGCCAAGGCCCUGGCUAUCUUCUUCCUCAGUGUGAUUGUUGUACUGGUCUCCUUUCUUCUCAUUCUGCUCUCAUAUGCCUUCAUAGUGGCUGCCAUCUUGAGGAUCCCCUCUGCCGAUGGACGGCGCAAAGCCUUCUCUACAUGUGCGUCCCACCUCACUGUGGUAAUUGUGCACUUUGGCUGUGCCUCCAUCAUCUAUCUGAGGCCAGAGUCAGGAAGCAACCCAGAUAAGGACCGGAUGGUGGCUGUUUUCUACACAGUGGUCACUCCACUACUCAACCCUGUGGUGUAUACCCUACGCAACAAGGAGGUGAGAGUUGCACUAAAGAGAACCCUGGGACGUAGACUGAGGACCCAGAGUCUCUAG